UUUUUUUUUUAAUCAAAAUGCACUUUUCAAUCUGACAUUUUACGUUUAUUUUUAUUUUUGUAAAAACAUAAAACAAAAAAAAAUAAAUAAAUAAAGUUACAAUAAAAUGGAAUCCCCAAAUAGUUCAAAGGAAUUUGAAAUAACCGGUGUAUCAAGAAGCGGACGAGUCCGCAAAAAAUCCUCCAAACUCCUUGAUUUCCGUUCACCCGAUGAAAUCGAACCCAAAUCAAAGAAAACUGCUGCAAAAUUGGCAAAAAAUCAAUCAUCAAAAACAUCUCCAGACAACAUGGCACCCAAAUCAGAUUACGAAGCAGCCGAAUCUGAUGAAGAUUUUGAUGCAGAAGCAGCUAUCGAUCAGACACUCGAUGAUAACACUGACACAGACGAGGAUUUAGAUGUUGACGUUCCAGUUGAUGAUGAGUCUGCUGACGAACACUCUGAAGAUCCAGUUGUUCAACAGAGUUUAUACAUGAGUGAAAAGUCCAACAAAAAGAGAAUAUUAAAGGAUGGAAAGGUUGUAAUGGAAAAAGCCCAACGAAAGGAUAAGGGCAAAUCAAGAUUUACAGCUUACAUGCUGUGGGUACGAGAUGCCAGAAGGACUGUCUUGAACAAUAAAAACAACUGCCAGGGUAGUGGUGAAUUAGCCACUCGCAAAUUAGGAGAGAUGUGGGCUAAUGUUCCUGCAAAUGAGAAGAGUAUGUGGAGAAGAAGGGCAAAGCGACUUGCUAAAAAAACAAAACAAAAUGACGAUGGUCAAGGGAGCAAUACUACUAAGUCUGUUCCAUCUUUUAUUAACCGAGCCACGACAAGUCGCACGAAGAAGAUCGCUCAACAAGCAUCCUCAGCGGGUGCAGGUGGUGUUCAUUCUGGUGGCAAAUUGAGUUCACCAACUCAAUCGCCACCGAAUUCAAUAUUUGCUUCAACAAUUAAAAUUGGAAGCAAUACGAUGACUCAGCCAGGAGCAUUUAAAGUAACUGGUAUUGAACCAAUCGAUGUGGCUGCUCAUUUAAAGCUCCUUGGAGACAGUUUGUCGAUUAUUGGCGAACGACUGAAGGAGCAUGAGGGACAAAUAACUGUGUCGGGUAGCCUCUCGGUGCUUUUAGAUAGUCUUCUGUGUUCGAUUGUUCCGUUAGUUUGCUUGACCACACAAAUACCGGGUAUGGAAAAUAGAAAAGGUCUGAGUGAUAAUCUACAUGCGACCAUGGAUAAUAUUGCUUACAUAAUGCCGGGUCUUUAAAUAUUAAUUUAAUUGUAGAUUGUAAGAAACUCUGUACUGAGGUAUUUUGUAAAAUAAAAAAUUAGAAGAGGAUAUCAAGUUGA